AUGACCGUUGCCUGCGUGGGUUACGCAUGCGCUUGGUUCGCCCUCGCCAGCCACUCCGAGCCAGCCGAGUGGCAGAGUGAGUCAAGCUACGUCGGGUGGUUAAAAAAAGACGGGCCAACAAACGCCGAGACAUACAGCCCGAGGCAGGCAGUGUCUGAGCGAACCCUUGCGUAUCAAGUGGACGAGCGUCUCGCCAUGGCCGUUUUGCACGGACCCUUGAAUGAGGAGAAGGCGGAGCCCGUUCGUCAUCGUUGCGGCCAGGUUGACUUUAGAGUCAUGGCCGUUGCGAAUCUGUACGUAAUGCCUGUCGGUUAG